UCUUCUCAUUCAUUUCCACACAAGAGGAACAUGGCGGAGUGGGGCUGUUGAGGCCGCAGCGGUUGAGCUGUUGGCGAUUCCCCGUCCAACAGAAGUGCAAUAGGACACCGUGGAUUUGUGUGGCUGUGUCAGGAGGACACGGCCUGUGGGAGUGGGCCGAGGCUAGCUUCUGAGUGGGUAUCUGUUGGGAGCAGGGAGUCACAAAAACAGCUCGGACAUGAACGGGGAAGUAGUGUGCAGUCCUCACCCAGUGAUGGCGUUAGCCUGCGCCAAGUCCAAGCCAGCAGCUCACGAUGAGAAGACGAGCAUCAGGUUGACGCAAGAGGGGCGGGGCUCUCCCAUCGGCGUCCCGCAGCUCGACGUUCCCAGUCAACCUGAGGCCAGGACAACAGACCCCAUCGGCUCCACGCUCAGAGACCCAAAGCAGGAUCUGACAGCGACCGGUAGCGCCUACGGCCAGCGUCCGCCCUGCUGGCCCACCGACCAGCCAACCCUCCCUCAGCUCUUCUGCCAUCGCCCCCCUCACGAACUCCCUAUGCCCCUCGGCAACAGCUUGUCUCACGCUUCCCUCCACGGCAACCACAACAACGGCGGCGCACUCCACGGAAACCAGAGGAGAGGGACCCGUGCCAAAGUCAUGGGCAAGAAAUCCACCAGGAGAACGGAAGGAGGCAAAAACUCGCAGAACCGAAAAGUUACCGACUUCUAUCCAAUCAGACGGAGUUCAAGAAAAAGUAAAACAGAACUCAAGUGGGAACAAAAGAAGCUCAUUGAUGAUCUCAUCACCAACGGAAUCGAGGAGGGAAUGGAGGUCCAGCACAUAGAAGGAAAGGGGAGGGCGGUGUUUGCCACUCAGUGUUUCCAGAAAGGUGAUUACAUCGUGGAGUACCACGGCGACCUGCUGCAGAUCACCGACGCUAAGAAGAGGGAGGCGGAGUACGCUCAAAACCCUGCCACCGGCUGCUACAUGUACUACUUUCAGUACCUCUGCAAAACGUACUGCGUGGACGCCACCAAAGAGACGGGUCGGAUGGGCCGGCUGAUAAACCACAGCAAAAACGGGAACUGCCAAACCAAACUCCACGACAUCAACGGCGUGCCGCACCUCAUCCUGGUCGCCUCCCGAGACAUCGACAAGGGCGAGGAGCUGCUGUACGACUACGGGGACCGCAGCAAAGCCUCCAUCGCCGCUCACCCCUGGCUCAAGUACUGACGGGAGGCGGUCAGCGGCACUUGUGUUUCUCAUAGCUAGCAGACAUGUUGCCUUAGAAACAGAAUGCGUACCCUUUUGUUGCCAUGCAGAGAACGCUGGGUGGUAGAUGACAGGGUGGGUUUGAGGUGGGGUGGGCGUUCUUAGGGUACCGAUUUACAUUUCGAUUAAGGUCCGUCUGCUCCAUCGGACGGACUUGCGUACUUUUAUUUAUAUGUGUCUCUGAAACAUUCUGGUUGUUUUGCAGCACAUUUCUUUUGUACAUUUUGUACUUCCUGAAGACCUAUGCCUCUACAGCAUGCAGGUGGUAGUUAAUGCUCAACAUUUUUUAUACUGCUUUUUUUUUUUUUUUUGUAAUUUAUCUUUAGAUACUUAGCAAUACUUCCCCGAACGGCUUCUCAGCCCCCUCCUCCGUUUUGGAUCAACAAGCACUAUGAGAUCCAAGUUCAAUGGAAAAAAAAACCCCAAGGCUUUUUAGAAAAAAUAUUCUGCUCCAGUGAACUUCAGCUAUGAAUACGACAGCAUAUUAGGGCCGUUGCAGAAAGAAGAAAAAAAUAAAAAGGAGUAAAUUUCCAAGAAAAAAUAAAUAAAUUCUGGGAUUGAUGUCAGAAAUUUCUGGGAUUGAAAAGUUGAAAAUUUGCAAGAAAAAAAAACUCACAUUGUGAGUUCUUUCUUGGAAAUUCACUCCUCUUUUCUCUUUUUCUGCCUACGACGGCUCCAACACGCCGUCCCACAUGGAAACCGUCUGCCGCGGCUGGUGGCCAUGUGACAGUUAACCACACUCCAGGCUCGGCUGCCAUCUUGGAGGCUUUCGAUCAUGUUUUGACGCUUGGUGAAAAGUCGGAAUGUGACGCAACCUUGUGCAACUCUGAAAUAACCAGUGUGAUAUACAUCUAUAUAUUUUUUUUGCUUUUUUGUUUUUAGAUGAUAAUGUAUUUUUUAAUAUUAAACACGACGGUUACAUUUGAAUUUAAAACAUGUUAAAAUAAUAUAAAAUUUUCUGCAAUUCCUUUGCAGAAUUUUCUGCUGUAACUGCUUGAAUGAAAGUAUAUGUUAAGAUUUGUUUGAUUAAAUGUCGACUGAUCUUUAGCCGAUACGCUGUUCCCUCUUCCUCCACCUGUCGGCCGUUAAAGGAGUUAUUACCAAAUGCUGAGCCAGACAGUGUCUAAAGUCAAGGUAUUCUAAACACACCUUUUCACAUUAAAAAAACAUGAACAGAAAAUAUUUCAGGAUACAACAUAGAAUAAUACAAUAACCUUUAAAGGUACUCGCUUCCCCCCCUUUUUUUAAUAAGUAAAAUUCUGAAAAGUGUGGCAUACAUCUGUUUUCAGGGCCCCUGACUUCAGCAGCAAGUAUUUGGGGGUAAGUCUCUAACAGACUUGCAAAUAUUCUUGUAAGAGUAUAAUUUUAGUCUUGUUAAAGUAAUAAUUUUAAAAAAUCCUAGCCUAACCUGAAUUCAAAGUCAAAUUAAACAGCAGCUGUAAAACACGCUUGUCAAACAAGAUGGCCGCCCUUGAUGCGCUGACAUCACUUUGAAUUAUAGAAACCCAUGGAAAUCGCCCCCAUUUUCCUCCAAAAAAUGUAUUUAUUGGCUAGCCCUAACUAAAGAACUUGUCUGCAAAUAUUCUUAAGUUUUUUAACUUGCAUGUCAUUAAUCAGAGCAGCUCCUCUGAUUAAUGGGCUGGAGUUUAUUUAGGGGUAACAGAAUUGCGAAUUAAGGAAGCUAAAGGCAAAACCACAUCCUACUUUUCAGAAUAUAUUUAAACAAUUCCUUCAUUCAAUAUGAAUCACAUAAAAUCCCAAUGAAAUGCAUUGAAGUUUGGUUUUAUAAUGUGACAAGAUGUGAUCAGAGUUCCCUUGUUUGCACAAAGAAGAAGAUGUUAACUAGAAACUAUGGUUUUGAUUUGGGCCACAGACACAUUUGGUUUUAAUGAAAAGUCAUUGGCUCACCGAGUAUUGAAAGUACUGAUAUCGACACUUUGAGUAAAUCUCUUCUUUGAAGAGAGGACUGGCAAUAUCGAAGCGUCCAAACUGAAAACACUCCCAGGUCAUUCUACGCUUCUUCCACAAGCGCAGGAGGGUUUUAUACGCUGCGUUUCCAUUGACUAUUUAAUUGCGCAACUUGACAUUUUGAAAAUAAAUCCGCUAAAGAGAAACACCAAUUUUGAAGAAAAAAAAUAUACAUACAUUUUUCGGUAAAAUGUUUUGCCACUAAGAUUAUGUUGUUGUUUUUUUGUUUGUUGUUUUUUUUUAAUCAAAAUUGGUGUAUUUGACAGAACUCCAAUGGAAACACUUUUUUUUCGCAUCACACAAGUCUCUUGAUCAACAACGGGAUGUUGCUGCCGGCACAAAUCAUGAAGACGACGACAGGAAGUAGUUGGAGGAUGAGGACGCAGCAGUGUGUUCCUGAAUGACUUAUUGUGUGAGCAAACUUGGUUGUAUGAUUUUGUGUGUCUUAUUUAAUGGAAACGCCGCAAUUGCAAAAUUUUAUUUUUUACAUUAGCAAAAAUAUUGACAAUUUUGUGCACAUUUGUAAUGGAACUGAUGACCUUAAAAAAAAAAGCAUGUUGGAAACCCUCUCAGAUCAAAAGCGCAAUAGGAAGUCUGUUGAAUUUAUGUGAAUAAAACCAGGUCAUUUUCAA